GCCUUUUUCCCCAGAGGGAUGGCGACCAUGCUGAAGGGUGUAUCUUUAGUUCAAAAACAUCCUUCUCAAACUGUCAUUUUAAUAGUAUUAUUUAAUAAUAAUUAGUACUUUUUUUUGAAAAAUGGACACAGUUCGACCAUGUGGUUGUAAAGGAAUAAGAUCCUGUCUUCUUUGUGAAGCAGAAUACAACAUUGUGAAACCUGAUUUUAAAGCUUAUUUAGAGGGAUGUUCGAGUUACGUUUACUGCCCGCAUUGUAAUAAAUCUUGGCCCGGAUGGGAUAUUGAUUUAUAUAAAAGCCAUCCAAAUCACCAGGGAGAAGCCAUAGAAUUUCCAGGUGUAUACAUACAGUUAGGCUUCCUGAAUUCUUGUGAAAUUGCUUCAUUGGUGAAAGCACUCGAUGAUAUUCCUUGGGAAGCUUCACAAAGUGGAAGAAGGAAACAGAUAACUGGAAUCGUAUUUAUCGCAGUUGGUACUGUGAUUCUUGUGGUUUACAGUGGCUACAAUAAUUUUAUGGACAGUUGGUUCUUCGCAGCACCAGUAUUAAUGAUCACAGUAGGCGCUGUUGUAUUUAUUGUAUCAUUCUUUGGAUGCUGCGGUGCUGUUAAAGAGAAUCAUUGUAUGAUAUUAACGUUCUCUGUAAUGCUUCUUUUAAUCUUUGCACUGGAACUUGGUGCUGGUAUUGCUGGAUAUAUGAUGCAAGGAGAUGUUCACAAGAUGGUAGAAAAUCGAUUGAAUAUCACUAUGGGAGAAUAUUUAUCUAAUAAUGAUGUCCAUAGAUCUUGGGAUAUCAUGCAACAUGAUUUAAAAUGCUGUGGAAUGAACGACGCAACUGAUUGGGCUCGUGUGGGAUUCUCCGAAAAUAUUGUACCAAAUUCCUGUUGUAAAGAGAUACCAGACGGGGAUAAAUGUGAUUCAAAUUCAGUUCAUGUAUAUACACAUGGUUGUAUGAAAAAUCUUCAGGGUGCUAUUGAAAACAAUGCUUUGAUUUUGGGUGGUGUUGGCAUUGGUAUUGCUAUUAUUCAGUUAAUCGGAGUAAUCUUUGCUUGCUGUUUAGCUCGUUCAAUCCGCCGCGAGUACGAGACUGUCGAAACUGCAGCGCACUGAUUCGACACCCAUUAGGAGGCAUUAUAAAAUAUUAUUCGUCGUGCAUUCAUUAAGCGAAUAAUUCUAGAGUCGUCGCAAGACCAUUUACUUAGAACUUGGCCAUAAACUAACGAGUAUUCAUCCGCAGUCUAGUUUAAGAAGAAAUCAGAGUAUUGGAGAAUAUAAUUCAAUGUACUGCCAUUAUCUGCCAAAUGGUUGAAACCAAACUUCUGUUUCUUAGAGACUAUGUUACAAUGGGAAAUUUAAGCUCAUGGCAUAAGAAUGUUUGAAAAAGAGAUUAGAACAAUAUACACGUUUGAUUUUUACGUAUGUCCCAGUCUAGAAGGCCUUUGCCAUGCCUUGACUUGUUAAAAAGAAAAAUUGUUUUUUAAAUUUUGUAUUGUGACAUUAACAAAAUUUGUUAUAUAAUAUAAUUGUUUAAUGUUAGAGAUAUUUUUUCCAGCUUCACGUAUAUACACAACAAAUGUUUCUAUUAUUAAUGAUCUCUUUUAAAAAAGAAACAAAAAAAAAUUUACAAACCAGCACAUCUAUCAUAGUGUAUUUUUAAGCAAUUUUACAAAUUGUAUUCGAAAUAACUAUGCUCUUUUGUAUAGCUGUAAUUUGUAUAAUUUUAGUGUUAACAAAAAGAGAAUUAUUUUUGCAUUUUGCAAAAUUAUUCGAAACUUAGGGAUAAAAGUAUAUAACAAAGAAAAAGAAAACAAAAAAAUAUAUGAAACUUAACAGUAUUAUAUACUUUCAUUGAUAGUUACAUUAUAUUGUGACUUUAAGUAAAGUAAUUAUGUUGGGACCAAAAUUCUAAUUUCUUUGAUGAAAAUAUAAAAAAAUCAAUUCAACAAUCUGGCAUAAAGGACAAAGAAAAAAAUUUUGCGGCGACAAAUUUUUUUUUAUCGUUCACGCAGAAUAGCUUCCAAAAGUAUUACAAGCUUUGCGAAAUAAAAUUACAAACUUA